UUACUCUAUGCUGUCGGUGGAUUCGAUGGUGAACGGCGAUUAGGCACUGUUGAGCGAUAUGAUCCGGAGACCGAUUCCUGGGAAGAACUGGCCAGUUUGAAUCGUGCUCGAUCGGGAGCUGAUUUAAUUCUUGAAACAGCCUUAUCCUCGUGCGAGGAUAGCGGGAUUGAUUUACUCUCAGGUGGCAGACUGUCUGGUUUAGAUUAUACAGACGACAUUGGGUUACUGAAUGAAGAUCCAAGUGUUGUUACCGUGGGCCAGUACAUCUACGCAGUCGGUGGCUACGAUUCGUGCAGUCAGCUGCGCACAGUUGAGCGUUAUGAUCCCGAACGAAAUGUGUGGGAAUACCGGGCCUCCAUGCUCCAUCCCCGAUCUGCUCUGAGCGCGGCGGUGUUGGACAACGAGAUUUGGGUGUUCGAUGGAAUUGACUUUCAGGAAAAAGUUUCGUGCUCUGCAGAACCCAGUUCUGGCAGUUUUUGGACUGGUCAAACCAUGAGUACUGGCGAUUCCUUUGUGAUGAUUGCCGAUGAAAGUUGUGCUGGCUGA